CCUCCCAUCGCCAUGGCCCAACUCACCUCCUCCGCCGCCACCCUCGGCUCCCGCCUCUUCAUGAACGUCGCCUACGCCAUCGACUACCUCAAAGAAAAAGACCGCCCCCUCACCUUCGACUCCAUCGUCGCCUACCUCUCCCUCGACCACUCUGACGACCUCCGCCAACUCCGCGGUGCCCUCCGCCGCGCCCUCCUUGAGGACCCCCGCGUCCUCUACUCCCGCGACGGCCUCGCCGGCAAGGGUUCCUUUGAGUUCCGCUCCAAAUACGGCGUCCGCUCCCAGGAGCAGCUGCUCGCCCUCCUCCAGAAACAGUCCACCGCCGUUGGCAUCUUGGUCAAAGAUCUGAAAGACGGGUGGCCGGGCGCGCCGGCGGCGAUCGAGUCGCUGGCAGCCCAGGGUGCGGUGCUAGUCGUGCGCAACAAGAAAGACAACGCGCCGAAGAAGGUGUGGUUGGACGACGCGAGCCUGCGGCAUCCGGUGGACGAGGCGUUUCGGGGGAUGUGGGACGCGGUGAAGUUGCCGGCGAACGGGGAGGAGGUGCGGGAGAAGUUGGAAGCGGCAGGGUUGAAGCCGACGACGGCGAAGAAGGUGGUGCAGGUGGUGGCGCCGCGGGAGAGGAAGAGGAAGGCGGCGAGGGGGGGGCGGCAGACGAAUACGCAUAUGAUAGGGAUUCUGAGGGAUUAUUCGCAUAAGCGAAAGUGAGGGGAUGGCCGAUCGAAGUUGGAAAUGGAGUUGCAUACGAUGGCGUUACUGGUUUGGGUUCUGGGAUUUCAGUGGCAUACCCGAACAUGGCUAAACAAUGGCGCAACAGGUACAAGUCAUAUCCGGCCCUCAAAGCCACCGAUCAGAUCAAAUUCUGAUUCUCAAAACAAUGAAUCUCGCAAUCCCCAAUCUUC